UUCUUACAAAAUGGAUGGUGUCAUAAUCUGUGUUAUAGGCAUGGUGAAUUUUUAAUAUUCAUACGAGUAUUUUUCUAUAUUUCCACGCAUUUAUCUAACUAUGGGUCGUUCGAGAUCAAGAAGUAAAUCUCCAAGACGCCAUCACAAGAGUAGUAAACAUUCGAGAAAGAAGAGCCGCUCCAAGGAUCGAUCCACAUCGCGUAGCAGAAGCUCUAAACAUACCGAUAAACCGAAGGAACGAAGCUCUAAAUCAAGGAAAAGGUCACAUUCCGUUACAUCGUCUACAAGUAGUGAAGCAUCCUAUGAUGGAGGCAGGAGUCAUAGGAAAAAGUCUAAAGGACGUAGUAAAAUGGAUGAAGUGGAUCGUCUGGCGGAAAUGGAGAGACAGAGACGUGUUAGAGAAGCAGAACAAAAGGUGGUAGAAGAAGAAGCCGCAAAAAGAAUAGAGCUCCUUGUCAAGAAAAGAGUUGAAGAAGAAUUAGAAAAGAGAAAAGACGAAAUUGAACAAGAAGUAGCUAAGAGAGUCGAGGAAGCAAAGCGCAAGAUGGAAAAAGAGAUGAUGGAAGAGUUGGAGAGACAGAGAGAGCAGCAGCGCCGGGAGGAGCUCGCUCGACAGGAGGAAGAAGCUCGUAAAAGGAAAGAGCUGGAGGAUAUCAUGGCGGAAAAUAAUAGACGGAUUGAAGAAGCCCAACGCAAGUUGGCGGAGGAACGGUUAGCAAUGAUUGAAGAACAGAGAAAAAUGGAUGAAGAAAAACAGAAACUGAAAAAAGAACAAGAAAAGAGAAUUAAGGAGGAACAAAAGAAAAUCUUAGGUAAAAACAACUCGCGACCUAAAUUGUCAUUCUCUCUGAAACCACUCUCAUGAGUACAAAACAUGUGGAUUGUGAACUUUGUGAACCAUGCAUUCAUAACAUUCUCCUAAGUAGGUGUAGUGUAAACUAGUACUUUAUUCAAAAUAACUUGAUUGUCUAGAACAACAUUUGUGGCCAAAUCUUGUAAUAAAUAAAAAAAGAUUGUUUUAAUUUCCAAUGAGGGCUACCGUUUUUGUGCUCACCAGUUGGCGCCACUGUAGAUGUAGGUCCAGAAAAACAGAUCUCAAAAUUCUUCUAUGCUUAUUUUUAUAAAAUCAAUACGUUCUAAUAUACACAAAGGUAUUUUAACAUCUAAAUGUGCCAUUUUUUCAACCUGUUUAAUUUUGCAUAUAUUUUAGUUGGCACUUUUUUUAAACCACUAGCAUUUAUUGAGCUAUACCAUGAUUAAUCAAAGAUGGACAAAUAUUUACCACAAUUAUGAAUAAGGAGUGAAAAUUCCCGAUAAAAAAGCUUGAAACCCCCAAAAACUUCUAUGCAUUUGACGUUUUGAAAGACCUCCAUAUACACUACCGCCACUAGCGGUGAAAUUAAACGCCCUGUAGCCGGUAGCCCUGAUUACAUGGCGGGAAAUAGGUACAUGCAAAUGCAUUAAAUUUAUGUGUAUUUUUUAUAUUGAACUGCAUAGACAGUAUGAAUACGCAUGCAGUUAGCCGAGUCAAGAACAUCGUUUAGAGCAGACAUUAAACACAACCUUCUUAAACAGAUGUACACUGACAUAACAAAUGUUUAUUUUAACUUAACAUAUUAUAUUAUUUACAGUAAUGUCUAGUUAAGAAUGUUAAUACAGUAAAACCAGCUUAAUCCUCUUAAGACCUUGUCAAAAGCGCUCUAAGCGGGAAAGGAGUUACAGGGAAUGGCGUAGGGUGACUGCUAUAGUUAUUGGCCACUCUUAACAAUUGAAGGCUAUUGGUUUGUUUCUUUUUGAUUUGUUAGAGGUGGCCAAUUACUAUGUAGUUGUAGUGGCCAAUAACUAUGGCAUUCCCUAUCAAACGAGUAUUAAAUGAAUGAGAUGAAGAAGAAACCAUCGACGGAAUCAAAAAAUCAACCAUUUAUGAAAAUAAGUAUAUGACAGUUAAGUAACAUACUUUUGUAUGUCUUUUCUGGUUGGGUAAAUCAUCUAUUACUGGCCACUUUCUAACAACUGGACACCUUAUAUAUUAAUUUAGGUAUUUACUUUUUUCUGGCAUAACAUUUUACCCGCGUGUAAAUUAUUAUUUAUUUUACCUACAUUACCUACGUAGGUAUCAAAAUCGAAAAUGUCUGCUGUAAACGCCAUUGCACUUGUCACUAUUAUGUUAACUUUAAAAUACGGAAAGAAGCACGAAGAAAAUAUAAUGUUAUUAAGUUGUACAUUUUUAUACGUAAGAAUAAUAAAGAGCGCCUACCGCAAAAACGAGAAUCGACAUUUCGUUAUCUGCCUCUCUCGCUUUUGCAUAAUGAACAACCAUAGACAUUGUAUAUACAAGUACUUAUAGACAUGAAACCGAGCGACCAGGGGUAAGAGAGACAUAUUCAUGUGUGACGUUUUCAAGUAAAAGGUACCACAUUGUCGCUUACCAUAAGGACGAAAUUUGCUAGCUAAUCUUUAUACGAAUAACCUGUCCGAGCGUACUUAUGGCAAGCGACAAAGUGGUACCUUUUGCUGGAAAACGACACAUGUAUUGACAGUUUCCUGUAUGGCAGCAUAAUCCUUUUUCUCUUUCACUUAUAAAUUUCGGUAUUUCGCCAUCGCCUCCUUGCUAUGAUGCCAUAACCUGACCAUGCAAAAAUUCCCGGUCGGUGAUAAAGACAAAGCAUGGCACUAUUAUCUCUUUCCUCUUAUAGGAAUCGCAAUAAGACUACCUUUCUCUAUCAAAGAGUGUCAGGCCCUUGCGAACAACGAAGUGGUUAGCGGUUUGCCCGCAGUUAACCUUUUCGACGCCGUGUCAAACACAAAGGCAGUCAUCCAGACGCCACGUCACCGAAGUGUCAAAACUGAAAUUGAACUUUAUGCAUAUGCAUGUAGGUUUAUGUUGCUCUGUGGUCUAUGACCGAUUAAUCGGUAUUUGGCGUUGAACCUAUAGUUGAACUAUAUAUCGUUCAUUGGCGUCCAAAGGGUUAACUAUGUCCUAUUUAUUCACAUUUUAUCAUUGUAAUUUGAUCGUAAUACUUUUCUAAAUUGAUAAUUUUUCGGCUAGAAUGUUAUCUUUACUUUUAAAUGAACGAAUCCUAAUAAUUUACUUCUCUAAGUUGGUGCGUUUUUUAACAACUAAUACAAGCAAUACCUGCCAUUGAUACUAAAUGUCCGUGGACUGCCUUCUAAAUAUAAGAAGUAAACUGCUCAAUAGAAUAAUAGAUGCAAUAGUAUACUAUAGAGUACAGUAAAAUAGCCAAUAUUUUUUUCCUUUCAUUAUUUUAUGCCUCAGCCUUAGUGGUAAAACGAAAUAAUAUUAACUAAAACGUCUGUCAAAUGAUUUUUACGCCUAAGACGGUAAUCUGUUAAACAAAAACCAUUGUUUCUUUUCUGUGAGCGGUCAGUCAUUGUGUGCCAUGAACAGAUUACCGUCUUAGGCGUCAAAAUCAUUUGAGAAGAUGCAGACUAUAAUAAUUAUGCGCGUCCAAAGAUAACAACAGGCGGGUCAAUGUUCGAAAAUCUAUGUGGAAAGCGUCUCUUCUUUACCGGGUGAUUACAUUUAAUAUGUUUCUUAUGUUUGCUAGGUUUUUUGUAAAUGAUCAGCAUUCAGCAAAUUAAGCUUCAUAAGCAUUAUGUACAGUCGAGUCGAGUAUUAAAAUGUGUGCAAAUGUAAAAAGAUGACUAAAAAGUAAAAAUUCGCCAGGAUCCUUAACAUACAUACAAGAGGUUAAACAUCUCGAAAACGUCUUCACUACCUGAAUAAUAUGAAUAAACAAUGCACCCGUUUUGUCACCUGACUGUACAAAAUAUGCUAAUAGUGGAUAUAGUUGUAGAUAUUAUUUUAAGUGCAUAAUAAACCUUGAAAUUCUGAAAGUUAAUGCACCAUGAUUACGCCGUUGUAAUUUUCAAACAAAUGUCUAGGCUUAAUAAAUUACUGUUAAUAAUUAUUAUUGUAUAUAUUCUGUUUGUAUCAGUUUAUCAAUUAGUAUCAAACAUGGGUUAGUAUUGCAAAAAAUUCGAUUACCAAUUGCAAUGUUUGGAAACUAGGUACACAAUUUCUUGUAAACUUGUUUAUCAUUCAAUUUUUUUUAGUCGCAUUCUAGUGGUACGAUUUCGAAAUUAAUUAAUUGUACUGUACAUAACCUAAUAGCAUUUCUACAGAUGAAUACAGAAUUAUUUAAGGUA